AUGUCUUCCCCCACUGUGGAUGCCUUUUUCAAUCGCCUCGACUCAACAGUCACAAUCGGGUUUCUAACAGUCUGGAUCCUUGCUGCCGUGGGAUUCAUCUACAUCCACAUUCGACACCCAGACAGGAAUUUCUUUGAUAUUCUCUUAUCAACCAGUCUCCUUACAUAUCUCAUCUUCCGAAUGGUCGUGGCAUGUACAAAUACCAACCCCGAUUCAAUGGUGUACCGCCUCACAACUGCCCACCGCCGCUCACGCCGAGGCGCCCUGGCAGCCCUCGUGUGCGCUUGUUCCUGGGUCUACAUCCUAUUCUUCAAACUCUUGACGCUGUUCCUAGUCAACUUUCUCUGCAUAAUUACAUUUUCCGCCCAUCUUUACCCGGAAGCCUUUGACAAUCUAGAGGGAACUCCACUACCGGGGUUAGAGAGCUCCGGUUCCGAUAUCGAGUUGCAGAAGGCGCGUUAUUCCCAUGGAAGGCUCAGCAAAGAGGAAUAUUUUGACUCGCUUGAGAAGUUGAAGAAGGAGGUGGACUUUGAUCCUAUUCAAACGUUUGGUUGGAUCCCGCCUCGCGUCUUGAUAUGCUGCUUUGCUUUGGUGUGGUUCGCAUGCUCUACCCUCAUGCUCUAUAUCGUCCGCCUUUGUUGGAAAUCGACAAGAGUUGCCUUUGGACCUUCUUCUUCCCUUCCUGCUCCGCCAAAGUCGCAUGUGGUUUAG